UUUGCGGUUACGGAAAUAGCCAAGUAGUUACGAUUGUACUAGAUUUACCCCUUUUGAGUAGGUGACAUUUCAAGUUUAAGAAUUUAUACUUAUUAUUAUUGGGUUUUUUUUAAUUGUGUGAAUCAAUUUGGACAUAAAGAUUGUUCCCGAGAAGUAUGAAGUAAUUCUGUUUGCCGGUUUUAAUAUUAUCUUUAAAACAUCGCAAUCCGGGACUAUCGGGAGUCGGGAGUACUAGAUUUACCGCCCACCCUCGUAUACUUCGAGAGAAAACGAGAUAACAAAAAUGGCUAGCAGAAGUCCAGGAGGAUUGGAGUGGUCGGUCAGCAUAAAGCCUUUGCUGAUCGCUCCCAAUGCUUCAGUAGACGCUGAAAUACUUCCAAAGCUUUGCAAAUCGAUUACACUAAGUGAAAAUGACAUUCUUGGCCAUGAGGAUCAGUAUGAACAAUUCUACUCCUCAUUUGUUGCUUUGGCCUCACAUCACCUGAGUUCUUGUGCCGGGACAGUAGCCGGUUCGCAGUUGACUGAUAUAUCCAGUGCAUGUAGAGUUUUGCUAAAGUAUCUACUGAGCAGAUUGCAGCAUCACAAUGAUGGAUGUGCACUCUCACAGAAAAUCUUGAUGUUGUUGAUAAAGACUCUGUGUACAGGAGCGUGUAGUCUGGGGAAAGCAGAUGUAUUGACAUUCUGUGCCAUGUUGAGAUCCUCACAUGCACCUCCAACCAUAAGAGAAGAAGAAACAGAAGAAGAGCCGGUCCAAAGAGAGUUGGCUCGCCCUAGACUUGACACAGGAACAAAUAUUUUUGACCAGCUAACUUCAGUCUUUGGAGAGCUGAGUGUUGGCAUGCCUACCAAACUGGACCCAACCAUAGAGGCCGUCACAGCAGAUGGAGACUUAACCAUGCACAGUGGUGGAGCACCUUCAGAAGAAAUCAAACUGGGUUUUGCAAAGAGAAACAUAGCUAAUCUACUGCAACUGGAUGGAUCAAACAUUCUUGUUGAUGUCUGCACUAGUUUGACAUUUCUAGAAAAAUACUCACAGAGGUGUAAAGAUGCUCUAAAUGGUGCAGCUUUUGUGAUGCCCUGUACAUUGUCAGAAGCUCUUACCACAAGGAAUAGCUACCAGUUCCUUCUCAAUGAGAUAUCUAUAAUAUGGAGGGCUUUCUCUUUGCCUGUUUUGGAGCCACUGACACCACAGAGACUUGAGAAAAUCAUCUCCAUAACCUUGACCUGUUUAUACACAUCAAUGACAGUGGCCACCUCUAACACUGUAGUUAAUCUGGCCAGUCCACAGCCUGCCAAACCCAGCAACACAAAAGAUGAGGAAAUUGACAGCUAUGGAAACAGUAUCGUACAAAAAUCUCUGGAAAUAUUCAAUGCUGUGUCACAUGCUGUAAAGAAUUCUACAAGAGCAGGAGGAAAUGUGACUCAGAACAUAAACUGUCUGUCUGCUUGGCUGAUCCUUAAUGGCAUCCAACAAGUUCUGGCUCUCACACCAGCAACAAUUCUAGAGAGGAAAGAUUCCACCAAAGGAAGAGGAUCAGAGAGUGGUCAGAGAUCAAGAGAUAGCUCAUCAGGCAAAUUCUCUGGUGCAAAAAGCACAAGUCAAGGAUUUGGAGUUCUGUCAGUCGCUCUGUGUUCCAAAGCCAUCCAGCUGUUGAAGGAAUUGCUGGAUGACCUACAAAUUGAGGGAUUUCUGUCAGAUACAGGAGACAAGAGACCAGGAGCAAACAGAAUGUUCAUUCCAGUAAUAUCUCAAAUGUCUGCAAGUUCCCGAGUCAACAAGUUGAUGUCUAAUAUACCAAUUACAGAUCUUCUCUUCAAUUUAGUUACAACAUCAUUCAGAAAGGCAUCAGUGUUGAAGAGAAUGAAACAAGGGUCAGAUGCCUCAGAAACCAGUAGCAGUAGUGCCUCCGAUUCCAAUACUUUUUAUGAGGAUGACUUCAGCAGCUCUGAGGAUAGCACAGAUGAGGAUGAGGACUCUGAGCCCCUUUUGGGGCAGUGGCUGGAGGACACACUCUCUCCUAUAGAUUCUGUGGACACUCUUGCCCCUCCCCCAGUACCUGCUCGAUCUGAUGGACAAGGGGAGAACAAACGUUCUAGAAAAAUCAGCACAGAGGAUCAAUCAUCAUUCAUUCCAGACAGAAAAGAUCCACUAGGGUUUGUGUCCUUGGCCUCUGAGAUACUGAAUUUCCUUAGUGCAUACUUUGUCAACACCCCUGAUGUUGAAUUACAAAAUUUGAUCAAAUCUACACUGAAUGAGGAUCACAUGUCCAACCUGGCAAUUCUGAUUAAAGAACUGGAUAAGGACUGUCUGAGAGUCAGCAAUGGGAAAACAUUUGACAGCUUGUCAAUGGCUUUAGCCAAGUUCAAUCAUGGCUUGAUUUCAACUGGAAUUCUCUCAGAAAAUCUACAGGAUUUCUUGCUGUUGCACCUCGGAGUCAGUCCUCAGGCAGUAGAUCACUGGCCGACAACACUCCUGCCUCGGACUUUGGCUGUCUUGGCUGAAGUCCUCCUCCUCAAACAGCAGAAGGAGAGGGAAGCGAAGUUAAUGAAGAGUCAGAGUGAGGCAGCUGUAAUCAACAUAUGGAACAGAUUCAUGACAACACUCAAGUCCCUCAUGAUCUACAAUGAUGGUACAGAGAAUUAUGAAGAUAUUAAUGUAGAACACUUGCAGCUGCUAUUGUUCCUGUUCCACAGUUUGCCAUUAAUGCAGAAGAAAUCUCUGUUACUAUUACUUGCCCAGAAUAUCAUUGCUGUGGCCAAAAUUGACAGCAGCAAGCUAUGUGAAAUGAAUCCCUUACCCUUGACAAGAAUGUUGAUGGUGCUCGAGUACUUGCUUCACUACUUUUAUGACCCACCUGCAGAGCUUUUGGAACAGGUGCGGUGGAACCUGUUUACUGUUUUCACAGUAUCACACACUGGGGAAACGGGAAGACAUUCCAACACAAAGUUUUUCCAGUGUAGAGAAGUAGAGGAGAACUAUCGCAGAGGAUUAGCUUCACUAGAGCCUUCCGAGUCCCAUGUUCAGACUCCUAGAUUUUUCAACCUUGGUCCAGUUGAUGUUAACAUUCAGGAUGCUCCUAAAGUAGACGGACUUGCCUGCAGUUUUCUUUUGUCCAAUGCUGAUGUAAUGGAUUAUAAUGACCUGUACGAUGCUUGCAUUACAUUGCUGACCACGGGAAGUAAAUGUGACAAAAAUCAGACAAAGAUUUCAUUGUUGGAUACGUCUGCCAUGCAUUACCAUUUCCUGAUUACCUGGAGAUUGUUAGGAUGUUUUCCGCCCUCAAUACAGUACCUGCAGAUGUUGGAAAACGGUAUCUCACACAUGGACAACAGUCACCUACUGCACACCCUGCGCUGGGCCCCUCGACUGUCUCAAAAAGUGUUCACCAGCUGGAUGAAGGACUGCUUGGUGAAACAAGGAAUGACGACUCAGGAUGCUGACACAUUGAUAACGGGGGCCAAUAAAUCUUCCAACAAUGUGACCUUUGAUGUCCGUCUGGCCUUGAAAUUUCUAAAGGAACAGAUAAACAGUUUGCCAGUGAGUGGUCAAAGAGAGAUUCUGCCCAUUGCGAUACUGCCAGGAGUAAAUGACAUUUUGAUACUGGAUUCAGUGAUAGCCAAGAUACAACUCAGUCUAGAGGCCACUUACACCAAAGCCAUGGCGGACAUAGAUCCUUCUAAAGCCAUGGCAGUGGCAGAAGAACUUGUUUCCCCUGUACUAAAGCUCAUAGAGGCUUAUGCUGUAUUUGCUAGAUCCUGUAUCCUUGGUCAGCUAAAACGAAUAGAUGACGCUGACCAGGACAUUACAGCUGACCACUUGGAGGCCUUCGGGGUCAUCAUGAGUAUUGGCUCCAGCCGUCCCUCUAAAGUGUCUGUUCUGGCCACUGAGAUUAUGUCGACGCUGCCUAGGUCAGUGACUGUGGCACUGGAACAGUGGACAAAUGACUCCAAAAACAAUUUUCCCAGUCCUGGAGCCUGGAACACUGCAUUUGGGAAUGAUAUUAUUCCUGUGGAGAGUUACAUAGAAUCUAUCCAGAGUGCACAUAUUGGAUAUUUAUCAGAGGCUGAAUUCAACAUUGGUGCCUCGCUGAAGCAUACAUUGAGCUCACUAGUGAGAUUUUCAUCGGAUUUGAUCAACUGGUGCCCUAAUUCCAAUAACAGUCAGGAGAUGAUCCGAGUUAUGUUUCCUCUGAUUGUGGAUGUCUCGAGUUCUCAUAUAGCAGACAUGGCAUCAUCUUCCCUAGAGAAGUUCCUGGGACAGGUAGAUAGUGACGAGUUCAUGGAGAGACUGUAUAGAUACACCAUCAGUGUGUGUAAGGACCUGGUGGUUGUGUACUCGGGGGUGGAGUAUGGACUACAGGAGAGUGUGUUAAUGAACUGUCUCAAGUUCAUGCUGAACCACAUAGAGAAGCCAUCAGAAAAAAAAGCAUUUGCUUGUGUGUUCUCAAGUGAUCUGGACUUGAUAAACUUGUUGCUGUCACCUUCUAAAGAUCAUUUGUCAGCAGGCUUUGCAGGGAGUGUCCUGAAAUUCUUUAACAAGCUCUUGCAUUUUGCUGACAAACAUCCCAGUGACAAAAGCUAUGAGGCUUUAUGUGGAUCUCUGUCCAAAAUUUCAAACCCAGCGUUUGAUAAAUCCAUUCUGCAGAAAUGGCUUUCAAAAAUCAUUCUUCCUUCAGAGGAUCAAGAAAAUAUUAGUACCCAAAAAGAAAACAGAGGAUUUCUAAGAAACUUCACACACUACAUUGUGAAGGAAAAAAGUUCAGUCAGUUUUAAGGUCUCCCAGACUCUGCUGAUGGCUCUCAUUCCAAUGGGGAAGAAACUCUUGUCUGGACCACAGGCAGCAAUGACUGGAUUUCCGGAGCUGAUGGUGGUGAUGCACUCUCUGGCUGGGGCAGGCAAUGGAGCAGGCCAUCUGGAUCUGUUCCAGGCAGCCACAGACUGGCUGCAACUCUGCAAAAAAUCCUUGGAGAAGAAAGAAGUGUUGGAGGAAAUUGUUGAAAUUGGAAGUUCCAGCAAAGCUGUGUUGGAUUCUUUGUGUAGUAUUUUAUCAUACAUGGGAGAAAUAUUGGCUGCACUGAAGAAAGUUUCCCAAAGGGGAAACAGUAAUGGUAUCCCCAAUGUAGACAAUGAUGUUCAGGCCCCACAAGAAGGAGGAGACAGUGAUUGGGCAGAGGAUGUCACACAAGAGGAUGAGGACUCCGCCGGAGAGGACUCGGAUGAAGAGUCAUUGAACAACAAACUUUGUACUUUCACCAUAACUCAGAAAGAAUUUAUGAACCAGCACUGGUACCAUUGUCACACUUGUAAGAUGGUGGAUGGUGUUGGAGUGUGCACUGUUUGUGCUAAAGUCUGUCACAAAGACCAUGACCUAACAUAUGCAAAGUUCGGCUCUUUUUUUUGUGAUUGUGGAGCAAAAGAUGAUGGAAGCUGUAAGGCGCUAGUGAAGAGAAUCCCCCAGAGUGCCAUGGAUGGGAAUGACAGCAUCGUGGGGCAGUCCCCAUUCUCUAUGGACACUAUGUUACAGAGUAGUCUCCGGAGGAGACUGUCCUCCCCCGGUCCAUCAGAAAACACCAAGGCUGACAACAAAGCCAUAGAACUGGCCAACAAGACCAGGGAAUUACUGGGCAAGCAGCUAGAGGGAUGCAGGGAUCUUCUCAUUGGAUAUCUGGACUCCAGUGAAACAGUGGGCGUGGUUCUGCAUAUGUUGAAGACGAUCCUUCCAUCACUGACAGAAAACUAUCUGAAGGUGUCCCCCAUGGGGAGUACUCAGAGAGCCCAGCAAGCUCUGUACGCCCUGCAUAACACUCCCAAACUCACUCAGCAUACGGAUGAACUGAUGACUGUGACCCUGGGCUCACAAGAGGGAGCCUUUGAGAAUGUCCGGAUGAAUUACAGUGGGGAUCAGGGACAGCAGAUCAGACAGCUGAUUAACUCUCACUAUCUGAGGAGGGUUGCCAUGUGUGUGCUGGCUUCUCCCCACGGCAAGAGGCAACACCUGGCAGUUAGUCAUGAAAAGGGGAAGAUCACCAUUCUACAGUUGUCGGCCCUGCUCAAACAAGCAGAUUCAAGCAAAAAGAAACUCACUCUUACGAGGCUAGCAUCAGCUCCUAUUCCAUUCACUGUCCUGUCGAUCAUGGGGAAUCCUUGUAAUGAAGAUUACUUGGCUGUCACCGGGUUGAAGGACUGCCAUGUUUUGACAUUUACCAGCUCCGGACAGGUGGCAGAUCACCUGGUUUUACACCCCACACUCUCUACUGGAAACUUCAUCAUCAAACCUAUCUGGCUGCCAGGGACACAGACAGAUCUAGCUAUAGUUACAGCAGAUUUUGUUAAGAUUUACAACUUAAGUGUUGACGCACUAAGUCCCCAAUACUACUUCUUGCUCCCCAGUGGCAAGAUUCGAGAUGCGACAUUUAUCUGUACAGAAGAGGGUCGAUACAUUGUCCUGAUGGCCUCCAGUGGUUACAUAUACACCCAGAUUAUGGAUGAAAGCAGCAGUGCAAAGAACGGACCUUUCUAUAUCACAAACGUCUUGGAUGUGGAGCACACUGACUUAAAGGAAGUGAAUAAUUUGGUGGCAGGAGGAGGUGUGUCUGUUUACUACUCUCAUGCACUUCAGCUGAUUUUCUUUAGUUACACACAAGGAAAGAGUUUUGCUGCCACAGUUUCCAAGGAUUUGUCCAAAACUCCAAUGCUGUUUCCAGUCACUCUUAAAACGAAUGGGACUGCUAAGGGAAGUACUGCCCAGCCCUUGGUUCAGUGGUCAGAGGUUCCUGGUCAUACAGGACUUAUGUACAGCAUGACUCAGACUUCCAAUAAUCCAGUAGUUCUCAUGAUUCAGUUGGACAGCAUCAUGGUGCAGGAAAUCAAAGUUGUCCCAGCAAAAGCAAAGAUUCAAGAUGUUGUGGCCAUAAGACAUACAGCUUCUAAUUCUGAUCAGCAACACAGAACCACAAUGAUUUUGCUUUGUGAAGAUGGAAGUUUGAGAAUUUACAUGGCUAACAUUACAACGACCAAUUUCUGGCUGUCUCCUUACCUGCAACCCCAGAGUCCUAUCGCAGUCCUCAAACCAGUCAAGAAAAAGAGGACAGCUAAAUCAGGUCGACAGACUGGGUCAUUGUCUUUUCCUAUUGACUUCUUUGAGCACUGUCAGCAGACCAAUGACAUUGAGUUUGGUGGAAAUGAUUUGCUACAGAUUUACAACGCCCAACAAAUAAAGCACCGACUCAAUACAAUAGGAAUGUAUGUUGCAAGCACAAAGCCAUUUGGAUUCACUGUGGAGGUUAGUAACACCAACUCUGCGAAUGUAAUGGUGGGAUGCAGAGUGUUGGUAGGGACACAGAGCAUUGAGAGAGCUCCAUCUUACAUAGAGGUCUUUGGAAGAACCACACAGGUAAAGGUAACUCGAGCUAGAUGGUUUGAUUUACCUUUCACACGGGAAGAAUCUUUGACAGCAGAUAAAAAAAUUACUCUUCAUUUUGGAGCGAGUGUAGAUCCCGGAGGAGUAACAAUGGUAGACUUCAUUAAGGUGUUUGUGAAGUCUAAGGAGUCGUUUGGCUGGCCAGAGGAACCAGAUGAAUUCCUAGAAUCCCAGACUCAGAAAUCCUUGACCUCAUCAGGAGGCAUGGCAGUGGGAGAGACGGAGGUCAUCCCUUCAGCAACGCCACUCCCACUGACAUCAGCUGACAGAUUGCUGGGAAGUGCACUAGAAGUCUUAGAUGGAGCCUUUGCUGCAUGUCCCAUGGAGGAAAAGGGUAUGACUGAGAUGAGAACAGACACCCUAGACAUUGCCACAAGUCUCCUCAAUCUACCGAUGCCGGACAGUGUACAGUUACACACCAAGUCCCUCCUAGCUUCUCUCUUCCCAUCCUCACAGGCUUACUACAACCACAAGGACCAGGCUGAGUUGAAGCAUGUAAUGGCCAGUCUGAACAAGGACAAAUGUCUGGAUGUGGAGGCAUAUCAGAGACUGUUGGUAACAGCUAGAUCUGUGGCUGUGGCCAGGUCUAACAAUCUCAUUAAAUUUGCUGAAAAGGGAGAUAAAGAUGAAGACGUUUUAGAAGUCACUGAUUUGGAAGAUGAAAAGGAUGAGAGACCAGCUCCAUCUAUUGCCAGUCUAUCUGAUCUUGACCUGAAAGAGAAGUCCCAUUUUGUGACCCAGUUAAUGGAAGCUUUCUGGACAUUGCACAGCGUGAAGCCAGCCAAUCCAAUGCUGGCCCCUGUAUGUCUCCCAGGCCUUGCACACAUUGAUGCCACAGUGGGGGCUCUGGUUGAGAUUAUCCAUGCCUUUACUAUCAGUGACUUUGAUAAUGUUCCCCUGGCCACUAAGCUGUAUGUGAAGAUGCUGUUGUGUCCAGACCAGCUGGUCAGUUUCUCCUGUAAGCAGGCCCUGAUUCGCUGUCUGAGACCAAGACAUAGACGCAGACGAGUGUUUAUUCCUUCUCCUCCUAGGUGUAACUCACCAGGUGGUGGAGCUGAUGAUGAUGAUGACGAUGAUGAUGACGACGAUGACAAUGACAAGGGAGAUAAGCCAAUGCAGAACGUGAUGGAACAGGUGCCCGUUCCUCACUGUGUGGGAAUAGAGGAACACAAUGAUGCAGAUGAUGCUGAUGAACAGUUUGAAGUUGUGGAUCAUGAUGAGCCAAUGGUACUUGAGCCAGGUGACCCAGAACCUGAGGUCAGAGGUCGCUUACCCCUGGAGGCCUUGCUGGCCAGUCGAAACUUCCCAAUGGUGGACAUUCCACCUGAUGCAGAUGAUGAAACAAUGGUGGAGCUUGCUAUAGCUCUCAGUCUCCAAGAUCAGCCUGGAAAUAGUAACUCUCUAGGACUACAAGGACUUGGACUGAACAAUGUACAGUCUGCUCUACAGAAUGCCAUCUCAAUUGAGGAAGGCCCAAUGUCUGAUACUACAGCCUCAGCUCCAGGCAGCGAUGAUGAAAUGGGAAGUAAUGCUGCCACAGAUGGAUCCACCCUUCGUACUUCUCCAGCAGAGCAUGCUGGAAGUGCUGGGUCAGAGAGUGGGGGAAGUGCUAUAGAGUCAAAUGUGAGUGGGCGGAGCAGUGCUUAUGGAGACAGAGAUCGGGAGAGUAACACAUUUGGACCCCGGAGUGAGACCAGCAGUUUAGGUAUACCCAGUGGCUCCUUACAACAGGAAGUAGAUGGUGCUGAUGUAGAUGCUGACUAUGAUGCUUCGGUCAGGUUGCAUAAUUUGCGCUUGAUGAUAAUGGAGAGACUUUUACACUAUCUGCCUGAAAUGAGGAAUGUAGGAGGUGUCAGAGUAAUACCCUAUAUGCAGGUGUUACUGAUGUUGACAUCAGACCUGGACAGUGAGGAAGACAAGGACAAGGGAUCCCUGGACGCCUUGUUAACGACCAUCAUCAAGGAACUGGAUCUCACUGGAGAGGAUUUAGAGCAGGUUGCCUGCAGAAACCAAUGCUACGAGGUCAAACUUGUCCUCCUCAGACUUCUUAGUGUGCUGUUGUCAAGAACAAAACUGGGAAAUAAACCCUCAGGGGAGUCCUCUUCCUCGUUCAUCAGCAAUGCUACAUCAACAGCUCUGAUAUCCAGUGGAGCCAUUCCUUUCUGUCUUACUAUCCUUAGGAACCUCCUGCCAUUUUGGAAGCAGUAUUCAGCAACAGAAGAGGAUGGAAGUUCAGUAACAGGACAAUUACUGAAGCCCCACCCCACAUCCCCACCCCCGGACAUGUCCCCAUUCUUCCUACGACAGUAUGUCAAAGGUCAUGCUAACGAUGUAUUUGAAGAUUAUCCACAAAUGCUCACUGAAAUGGUUCUCAGGCUUCCAUAUCAGCUAAAGAAGAUUUCAGAGGGUGUCUCAAGUGUUCCAUCUGCAGCCUUUGAUAAAGUGUGGAACACAAUUUUGUCCGAGUACAUGAUGACUCAGCAGACACCAUACUUCAAACGCCAAGUUAGAAAGCUGUUGCUGUUUAUCAGUGGAACGAAGGAGAAAUACCGACAGCUGAGAGACCUGCACGCUGUGGAGUCCCAUCUCCAGACGGUAACAGAACUGUGUAAAGAGGGAGGGCUGGACGUCAGCAACGCAGAGGUCACACCCGCCCCCAUUGUACUCAACUAUGAUACACUACUAAAUAUCAUUGAGCACCUGAAGUUCUGUAGUGACACAGCAGCUAGUAGACCCGUAAACUGGCAGCUGUACUGUCGAGAUAACCAAAAUGUGAUGAUAUUCCUGGUGAGGGCCAGUAUCCUGCUGAAUGAGGGUGUGGCCCCCACUCUUCUACAGCUGUUACAGAGUGCCCUGUGUGGAAGUAAAUCUGAGGAUGGGACAGAUGGGGGAAAAUCCAGCAUCACAGGGUCUCCAGGCAAACCCAAAAAAGACAAGGACAAGGAUAAGAAUGAUCAAGAUUCAGAUGAUGGUCAGAAACAUGAUGAAGCCCUCUGUCUGAGCCUGGUCCAGUUGCUGAUGAAGAUCCUGGACCGUGAUCUUCUUGUGAAGUUUGUGCGGACUUUCCUUCUGGAGUCAAACUCCACCAGUAUUCGCUGGCAGGCCCACAGUCUGCUACACAGCAUUUACAAGAACUCCAGUCUGUCGGACCAGGAGAGGCUGUUGGAUAUGUUGUGGGACCUCUGGAAAGAACUGCCUCAGCAUGGGCGGAAGGCAUCUCAGUUUGUGGACCUACUGGGCUACUUCCUGUUGAAAACUCCACAGGCUUCUGAGAAAAAGACAAAGGAAUACUUGGAUAAGGCUGUAGCUGUUCUUAAGCAGGAGAAUCAGGUGUUGUGCAAUCACCCCAAUGCGCAGAUUUACAAUAUGCUGCAAGGCCUUGUGGAUUUUGAUGGAUAUUAUCUGGAGAGUGAUCCCUGCCUUGUAUGCAACAACCCAGAAGUCCCGUAUGCUAAUUUGAAGCUGUCCUCCAUUAAAGUAGACUCUAAGUUCACCACCACAACACAGAUAGUGAAGCUGGUGGGUAGCCACACCAUCUCUAAGAUCACCCUGAGAAUCAGUGACUUGAAGAGAACCAAGAUGGUUAGAGUUUUGAACAUCUACUACAACAACAGAACGGUGCAGGCAGUGGUGGAGCUUAAAAACAAACCUGGACUUUGGCACAAGGCGAGAAAAAUGACCUUGUCCACAGGUCAGACAGAUGUUAAGGUGGAAUUCCCAAUCCCCAUUGUGGCCUGUAAUCUGAUGAUAGAGUAUGCAGAUUUCUAUGAUAACCUGCAGGCCACGGCUGAGACUCUUCAGUGUCCCCGCUGUAGUGCCUCAGUCCCCGCCAACCCUGGAGUCUGUGGCAACUGUGGGGAAAAUGUGUUUCAGUGUCACAAAUGCAGAGCAAUAAACUAUGAUGAGAAAGAUCCAUUCCUCUGCAAUGCUUGUGGAUUCUGUAAAUAUGCCAAGUUUGAUGUCACCUUGACUGCCAAACCUUGCUGUGCUGUUGAUCCUAUUGAAAAUGAAGAGGACAGAAAGAAAGCAAUUGGAACCAUUAACACUCUUCUAGAAAAAGCUGACAGAAUAUACAGAAAUCUUCAGCAGCACAGGCCUCAACUAGAAAAGUUGUUGAUUCAAGUCAAGGAACAUGGAUGUGAAAGGGAGGAGGGAGUUGGUGCCUCUGGUGCAAACAGUGCAGGUGUACCUGGCAGCAGUGUCAACAAGUCCAUACAACAGCUGGCUCUCAAGUACUGCAAUGAGUGUAAAUCAUCUUUUGAUGAACUCAGCAAGAUCAUUCAGAAAGUAAUGGCCAGUCGUAAGGAGUUGGUGGAAUAUGAUUGUCAACAACAGGAAGCAGUGGCAGCUGCCAGCCGAGUGUCACCUGUGACAAGUCCUCGUGAUGUCAUAGAAUCACCCCUGAAGGCUCGUAAAGUUCCCAGUUGCGUCAAGCCCCAAGGAUCAGGAAGUGCUAGAACCAGUACCUGCUAUGGAUGUGCCAGUGCAGCAGUAGAGCAUUGCAUCACCUUACUGAGGGCCCUGGUCACCAACACUAACCUGAGACAAAUACUGUGUAGUCAGGGCAUGAUUAAGGAGCUGAUAGACUUCAACCUGAGACAUGGCACAUUACAAGUCAGAAUAGCUGUACUGUCUCUGUUGUGUAUGUUGACUAAAGAUAACCGUAAAGGAACGGAGGAAAUGAACAACUUGAUAAUGACUAGGAUAGCUGGGGCACUAAAGGGGCACCUGUCAAACCCAGAUCUGGGUUCUUCGGUGAGACAUGAAAUUAUGCUGUUGGCCACGUCCCUGGAACAAGAAGACAGUUGUUGGGAACAGAGAGUCAGAUGUGUCAUGAGGUUGUUCCUGAUGGGAAUGCAGAUGAAGCAACCAGUUAUAAUGGACACCAUAACAUUACCUUGUCUGAGAAUUCUACAGCAACUGGUCAAACCAGAUGGAGGGGCUUCAAAGAAGGACAAGCAGGCCCAGGAUGUUGCAGUGCCUCUGAAGUACAUGUCAGCUGAUCUCCAUGUGAACAGUAAGGCCUGGCUGUCAGGGGACGCCAAGCACUCAUUCCAGACCUGGCAAAAAAGAUUGCCUAGAAGAGGAAUGGCAGAAUCUGGUGAAAGUAAAUCUGACAAGAAAGAAGCGAGGAAAGAAGUGAGAGCUCUGUUCUUGAUGGAGAAGUAUGGUAAGAGGUGGAGAGAGAGGAUGUGGAAGACUCCACCUAUCCACCUAAAGCUGACACAGACCACCUGGCUCCAACAAGCCAUGUUUACACCAUCCUCUAGAUCUGCCCGACAGACAGCCUGUAGCAUUAUUGAGUCCAUCUCUCAGAUACCAUCACGUAAAAAGGAGAUCAUUGACAUGCUUACCAAAUGUCUGGAUGAAAUCUGUAAGAGUGGGGAAUGUGCCACCGAGUUCUUGUCUCUGUUCAAGAGGAUGAUCAGUCAGUCCCACUGGAAGUGCUACCUGUCAAUCAAAGGUGUUCUGCUGCAUCUAGGAGACUUAAUCACUAAGGAAGUAGAACAGCUGCAGUAUUUGGAGGAGACUACUCUCAGUUCUGAUCUGGCACAAGGAUUCGCUCUGAAAGCUCUUACAGAGUUGAUUUCACUGUUUGUGGAACAAGAGGUAAUCAAGCAUUACUACAAAAACAAGUUGGUGGGUUAUGUAUUAAAUGGCUACCUGUCCUUGAGGAAGCUGGUGGUACAGAGAACAAAGCUGAUAGAUGACACCCAGGACAAACUACUGGAACUACUGGAGGAGCUCACCACAGGUACGGAGUCAGAAACUAAGGAGUUCAUGCAGGUGUGUGUGAAGACGGUGAAGAAGUACCCCGAUGAUGACUACAGGUCACCAGUCUUCAUCUUCGAGAGGCUGUGCAGCAUCAUAUUCCCAGAGGAGAAUGAUGUAGGAGAAUUUUUAAUGAUUCUUGAGAAAGAUCCCCAACAGGAAGAUUUCCUGCAGGGGAGGAUGCUGGGAAAUCCUUACAGCUCGAAUGAACCUGGACUUGGACCACUGAUGAGAGAUGUCAAAAACAAGAUUUGCCAGGAUUGUGAGUUGGUGGCAUUGCUGGAGGAUGACACUGGGAUGGAGUUGCUGGUGAACAAGAAGAUUAUUAGUUUAGACUUACCAGUCAAUGAGGUUUAUAAGAAGAUCUGGGCCCCAGAACAUGGUGAAGGUGAACCGAUGCCCAUCAUCUACAGAAUGAGGGGGCUACUAGGGGAUGCCACCGAAGAUAUGGUCAACUCACUCGAUUCCAGCUCAGAGGAGGAUGUUGAUAAGGAGGAAGUGUACAAAAUGGCUGCAGUGCUGGCUGAAGGAGAUGGUCUCAAAGUCAUGCUGACACGAUUGGCCACCAUUAAAGACCUGGUCCUGGGAAGGCAGUUGAUGACUGUGCUUCUGAAGUUGUUCAGAUUUGUGGUGAAUGUGAAGGCUUGUAGACAGGAGCUUAUAAAGACAGAAAUGAAUACUGUUAACAUCAUGCUGGGGGCCCUGAAUCUGGCCCUCUGGGCAGAACAGGAGAGUGGGACCAGCACCAAGGGCCAGACCAUCACCGAGCAGAUCCUACAGAUUAUGGAGGUUAUCCUGCUGGAAGCCAGCAGUCAGGACCCCGAGAUAUACACAAAGUUUUCCAAACUUUGUGGCAAUAAGGAUCAGUUGUUGAUGCUGUUGGACAGAAUAAACAGUCCAUUUGUGAGAUCCAACCCCAGCGUUCUUCAGGGGCUGAUGAGACUGAUACCAUUCCUAGCAUUUGGGGAGGAGGACAAAAUGCUGGUGCUUCUCAACCACUUCAAACCCUAUCUGGAUUUUACUAAAUUUGAUUUGGAACAUACCCAAGAUGAAACUUUACAUUUAGACUGUUUCUGCGAGGUUGCUUGUGGAAUAGAGAGUAAUGCUAAUGGCAUAAGGUUGAAGAAUAUGAUAGCAGAACAUGGCAUAACCAAGAUGGCAGUGGAUUAUAUAUUGCUGAAUUCCCCGAAAGUGAAAACCCUUCUACCAACUGAUGCAGAGAACUGGAAGGAUUUUAUACAGAAACCAGCCCUGAGUUAUGUCCUCCGACUUCUUACUGGGAUCAGCCAGGGACACCCUCCUACCCAGCUCCUGAUCGGAUCGGAGUGUAUUCCUGUCCUACACAAACUGGAGCAGGCCUCCUCAGAUCAACAUAUAGGGACAAUGGCUGAGAAUUUACUGGAAGCCCUCCGGCAGAAUGAGGAGGUGUCUCUUAAGAUUGAAGACUUUAGACAGCAAACAAAAGCAGAAAAGAAAAGAUUGGCGAUGGCUAAGAGAAAGAAACAGCUUGGAGCUUUAGGAAUGAAGACCAAUGAAAAGGGGCAGGUUACUGUGGAGAGUUCAGUACUGAAGCAAAUCGAGGACCUGAAGGAGGAGACAGGUUUAACCUGCUGUAUCUGUAGAGAAGGAUAUCGCUAUCAACCGCAAAAGGUUCUGUCUAUUUACACAUUUUCUAAGAGAGUGUACCUGGAUGAUUUUGAGAACAAACCCCGGAAGUCUGUUGGUUACUCUACUGUGUCUCACUUCAAUGUAAUCCACGUAGACUGUCACACUGCUGCUGUCAGACAUGCCAGGGGAAGAGAAGAAUGGGAAAGUGCGGCUCUUCAGAAUGCCAACACAAAGUGUAAUGGUUUGUUACCACUGUGGGGGCCUCAUGUUCAGGAAUCAGCAUUUGCUACCUGCCUGGCAAGACACAACACAUACCUGCAAGAGUGUACUGGUGUCAGAGAUCCUAGCUACCCAUACAAUGUCCAUGAUUUGAAGCUGCUGAUAAUGAAGUUUGCUCAGGAGAAAUCAUUCAGUGAGGACAGUGGUGGUGGAGGAAGGCAGAGUAACAUGCAUUUACUGCCCUACAUCAUGCACAUGGCUCUAUAUGUCAUCAACACGACAAGAUCUGUAACUAGAGAGGAGAAAAACUUGGGAAAUUUCCUUGAUGCUGCCAAAGACAAAUGGAUUGAAAAUUGUUAUGAGACUGAGGGCCCAUUGUACUGGACUACCAUGGCACUCCACCUUUUACCACAUGCCAAGUGGAAGGAAAAGCGAGUCCAGCUGCUGGAUAGACUAUUGGUGCUCUGCCAGACUCGACAUGUGACGCCAGGGGGAACAAAGACGUUGACAGAUAAAACAGUCAAAGAGUACAGUGUUUACAAACCCUGCCUUGGGUUCUUUGGAAUCAUCAAUGAUGUCUACCAGAAAGUGUACAAGAAGGUAGUGUUGAGUGGUGAUAACACCUGGAGCUCUGCGUUGGCCGACUUCAUCAGGAAUAAUGACAGACCCGUUAUUGAAGCCUGUGACAAGGUGCUGAACACCUACCAAGAGGAGAUGUUGCCCUGUGAAUCGUUUUCAGAGUUCUGUGACGUAGUCGGUCUUCUUGAAGAAAUACCUGACCCAGAUUCCUACAUGAAUAAUCUGUUUGCUUCUUUACCAUAACUUUGUGCAUACAGUUAUUCGACUUUCACUGCUUUCAUGUGCUUUUGCUGUGAUUUUUCACCUAUAAUUAUCAAUUAUAGUAAGACUUUGCAUUGUUGUAUUCAGAUUUAGAACUUCACAGUGGAUAUGAUGCUGAAAUUUCGCAUGUAUUUUAGUUAUGAAUUCUGUGUGCAAUCUUUUGUUAAAAUGAAGGAUAUUGAUGUGCAUGUUUACAACCACUAUCAGCUACACACAAUUAGACUAUUCAACUACUAUCAGCUACACACAAUUAGACUAUUCAGAGACUUUUUAUGUAAUCUGUUUUCAAAGUGUUAAAGGUUUUUACCGAAUCUUGUGAGCAUAAAAAAUGAUAUGCUACAAUGUACUUGAUGAUACAGCAGAUCUUGUUUUUACAUUAUUUUUAAAAAUUUGAAAAUAAAUAGUUCUGAACUUAUGGUAAGGUUGAAUAACAAAAGUAACUUUAUACUUGUACAUGUAUCUACAAAGGUAAUUAGAAAAUUAAGGAAUGACUAUGUACCAGUAGUAACUUAAAUACCUAUACAUUUCUUUGUCCAUGAAUACUGCAGACUCCUUAUAUACUGCAAGUUCCAAAAACCAAUCCAGUUCAUGGAUCUGGAAUGUUUGAUUAUACAGGGAUUUUUUAACUGAACCUGGAUUCUAGAAUUGGUGAACCUAUUUCCAGAGAUGGUUUCACUUGGAUCCGUGAUGGCUCAAUAUGUUUUUGUCAUAAAAAAAACCCCACAUUUAUUAAAGUAAGUCACAUUCUAAUAGAAAUCAAAUUUUGUUCUACAUGUAUUACGAAAAUAGGGUUUUUGUUUUAUACAGUGUAUGUUGGAUCAAAAGACUGUAGAAUCCACUACAGUUAAAAGUGACAGUUUGUUAAAACUUCUCGUGAAUUAAUAUGAAUCCCUAAAUCUACAGAAGAGUUUAGCAAGUACUUGGUAUAAAAUCAUUUGAUCAAGAUUUUCAAAAACAUUUUGAGAAGGUGUAUGCCUGCACUGGGUUUAGACUGUUUCUGAGUAUUUAUCAAAAAAAUGAAAUAUUUUGUCAUUAAGAUUCCUGUGCAGCAUCUCUUGUAGUGGUUGAAAGUCCUAAAAAGACAAAUAAUGUUUAACAAAUUAACAGAUGUACAUUGAUCUAUUGUACUAUUUGGAUGCAAGUAUUUACUAUUUGAAUGUUGAAAUUAGGCCUUGGUUAAGAUUAUGUUUGUUCUGUUUUUAAUAUCCACCAUUUUGAUCUACAAUAUGGGUUGUUGGGUUAGAAAAAUGUCACGAUUUUGGCUCAAAUGUGUAAAAUUAUUAUUCUACAUCAAUAUUUGUUGAGCAGUACAGGUUUUGACCCAGUUGAUCUACCUUUUAAUGAACAUGUAUCCCUUCAAUGUGCAUUUUAGAUAUUAAUGAAGUGAUGUUAAAAUUCUAAUCAAUUUGCAUGUACAAGAAUUUGGGAGAGAGAAAUAUAGAAGAAAUUAUUGGAUUAAUACACUUUGGGUCAUUUUUCAAAAGGUAAGAAGUUCGUCUUAAUGUACCUUGGUGUAGACUUGCAUGUAUACAACUUGUAAGACAAAAACUGGAUUUUGCUUCUUUGUCAGUAUUUCAUAAAAAAUAAAUGUUGUUCAACAGUG